AUGAAGACUUCCCAGGUUCUCGCCAUCUUCGGCUUCACGAGCCUCAUUAUGGCUCAGAGCGAAAGCCUUGCUCCUUCACCCACCGAAAGCAUCGGAUGUGCUAACCUCCCUAUACGGCACUGCGAGGCAGCUCGUGCUACUACAGCAGCUGCUGUAUCUUCUGGUACUACCCUGAGCACUGCAGUUGCCGCUAUCACUACCGCCACUGUCACUGAUGAUCACGACCACGACCACGACGACGAAGAUGACCACGACCACUCUGCGGGCACGGCUAGCCUUGCUCCUUCGCCCACUGAGAGCGUAAACUGCCUUCCUCAUGGAGACCAUUGGCACUGCGAGGGCCCGGCCACCGCCGUCUCGGGAUCAGUCACCACCACCGUUGCGGUCACCACCACCGCUCCGGCCUCCACUGACGCCGCUGCCACCACCGCCAGCGGCGAUGCUGCGACCACUUCUGCCGUUCCCGCUGGUGCUGCCCGUGCUGGCUUCGGCGCUGCUGCCAUCGCUGCCGCUCUCAUGGCCUUCUAA